UGAAAACCCUACCACUUGUUUAUGAUUGCCUACCUUUUACUAUAAAUUAAUAGGAGUUACCUACGGUGACCUAAGCUAUAGGGACUAUAGGAGGGUCUUUCUUCGCUUUCUUCGUGUCUAAGGAAUAAGUAGGCUGUUGCCCAAUGGCUUCCGCAAAUUCAAACUCCUUAUUCGGAGGGGGGACCAUUGGAGCUGCCACGCAACCAUCGAACCUUCUUCCGACAAAUAAUCCAACAAAUGGUUUUGGAACUACUUCCGCCACGCAGGGACUUCCGGCCGGAUCAAUAUUCAGCGCACAGCCGCAAGCCCAGCAACAGUUCAUUCCAUCUUCGAAUUUUGGACAAAAUCAGACGCAGACUGGUGCAACUCAACCUUCUCAGCCCUCUAAUCAAUCGACACAGCCUGCGUUCUUUAACAGCUUAUUGGAGCGUGGUAAAAAGAGACCACUUUCUGCAACAGGAGGAAGCAACAAUUACGAAGAGCUACCUAGUCUUCAAUUGGGUCUCGAUGAUAUCCGAAGGAAAGCAAGGGAGCUUGGCAACGGGGCGACGAAAGAUUCCCAACGUGUAUUAACUAGCAAAGCCCACUAUCUUCUUGCUGCAUCGGGUGUUUCGCCAGGACAUGCUUUGCGGCAUCUCAAAGCUUUAGAUCCUCAAGCCUCGGUAUCAGGUCCUCCAAAAGAAGAGGAGACCUUUGACCCUGACAAUCAAAAGUUUUUGCGAAACAUACAACAACGUGGUCGCCAGGCAAUGAUCGCUGAAAGCCUGACUCGUAUUCAUAGAGACUUCGACGUAUUUUUGGAGACAAGACUCGACCUAAAUUGGGAGGAACAACGUCAGAGAAUCUUUCAGCACUUCGGUCUGGCACAGAAAGAUGACGCUAUUAGUGAUGGGAGAGGAUCAUUCGGGCGUUCCACAAAACAAUCGAAGCAAUUUGGUGCAACUCCCAGUCAUCAUACUGGCCCGGGCGUGUCCCAUAGAAGUGUCUUUGGGCGCUCCGGUCUGGAAAAAUCAGUAAUCGGUGUACCCGGCGCUGGAACGGUGAGCCACAAACUCUUCGAAGACCCAACUGAACGAAGCGAUUCCUCCAGUACCCAAUCUUCGGAUCUUCAUUUUCUACGGGAAAAGAUGGGUCGGUAUGCGGACAAGGUUCAAUUGCUGAACUCUGCUCGACUUCAAGCACGCACUUUCCCUAUUCUUCACGAAUUUUCCAAUGUUGAAAGCCAUAUCAGUGGCGAUGUUCCCCGACAACUCUUCGACGCUUACCAUGCGCUGAUAAGCAUUGUCAAAGAAACCCCAAAUGCCAUAAAUACGUCAGAUCCUGGAGCGUUGAAAGAACGGCAAUUCUUUGAAGAUUAUUUAGAGGAAGCGCCGAAUUCACGACGAGCUGUAAACCUGAGGAGGCGAGUUGUUGAGGGGUCUAGGACGUUUCUCGAGAAUCUGUUCUAUGACGAAGUUGAAAGCGUGAUCGCCAAAAAUCCUCGAGAGGCGCAGCUGGGUGGCAUACCGACCGUGAUCAAUAAAGUUCGCGCUUAUAUUCGACUUAGGGCGGCAAGGAAAGACCUCGCUCCCGACGGGACAGAGCUGCAAAUGGUUGGCCAGGAUUACUGCUGGAUCCUCAUUUUUUAUCUCCUCCGGUGUGGCUUCAUUACUGAGGCAGCGGAAUAUGUUAGCCAAGAUCCUGGAUUCCGCUCAUUAGAUCAUAAAUUCGUGACCUAUAUGACGACUUAUGCACAAGACAGACGGUUACCAAGGGACCUGCAGCACAAGAUUAACGGCGAAUACCAGCAGCGAUCACGCAACGCCCCUGACAAUACUGUCGACCCUUAUCGAAUGGCUUGUUACAAGAUAAUCGGACGCUGUGACCUUAGUCGCAGACGCUUGGAGGGAGUAAACCAAAGCGUUGAAGACUGGAUGUGGUUGCAAUUCAGCCUAGCUAGAGAAGAUGACCGUGCUGAAGAGGUUGCAGGGGAUGUUUUUGGGCUUGAGGACAUCCAGACUGACAUUGCAGAGAUUGGGCAGCGAGUCUUUGGGAAGGGCCAAGAGGGACCUGGCGGUUAUGGAACUUUCUUCCUACUACAAGUCUUGGGAGGGAUGUUCGAACAAGCUGUCUCUUACCUUGGGUCUUACGCUCCCGUCAGCGCCGUGCACUUCGCUAUCGCAUUAGCCUACUAUGGCCUUCUGCGCGUAUCUGACUUCUACACUUCGGGCGAAGACAUCCUAUCCUUCACGGUGAAGCAGUAUCCGCAGAUAAAUUUUGGAUAUCUCAUCAUACAUUACACAAGGGAGUUCCGCACUGGGCUUGUUGAGGCAGCAAUUGAUUACUUUUCCUUGCUUUGCCUCAACGCUGACCUUCCAGGCGCCUUGGGCAAAUCGCAAGCCUCUGUGUGUCAUGAAGCAUUGCGCGAAUAUAUCCUAGAGACUCGGGAGUUUGCCAAGUUGCUGGGCGACGUACGAUCUGACGGAACUAGAAUCAAAGGGCUCAUUGAACAGCGAAUUAACUUGAUCAAGUUGGUGGAUCAGGACGAGUUCUUGAGAACGAUAACUAUACAAGCAGCUGCCGUGGCUGAUGACAAGGGGUUGAUCACUGAUGCAGUCCUCUUGUACCAUCUUGCUGAAGAUUAUGAUCGCGUGAUUGAUAUUAUUAACAGAGCACUGUCUGAUUCUGUAGCUGUUGAACUGGGAGGCCCUACCUUGAAGCUGCAGCCGUUACAGCCACGGACAAAACUUCAAAAAGGUGUUCAAGUUUCAGAAAAUGAAGAUCCUAGGGAAUCUGGUAGUAGCCUCAGCUUGACGGCGGUGGAAGAUCCGGUAGCUCUGGCGAGAAACAUUAUAAGCAUUUACAAUAAGAAUGCUCUGUACUACCAGCGAAUACGCCCGGUUAAUCGCGACACAUGUGGUUUGUUACUUCAGAUGAUGGAGGCCAAAGCCGAGGUUGAAGCAGGAAAAUGGACUCCAGCUCUGGAUGCUAUCAACGCCUUGAAUAUCCUCCCUCUCCGCGCUAAAGGCUCGGUUCCCUAUAUCCGAAGUGCAGCCCAAGCGUUCUCAUCAUUCCCCACAAUGAUAUCUCGCAAUAUCGGACAUGUCGUAAUGUGGAGCAUCACAUGCAUUGGGCAUGAGAGAGAACGAUUGAGCUCUGGGACAUAUGAAAAUGAAAUUAGGCAGCGUUUGGCUGAUGAAUUACUGGUCAUGGCUAAAGAUCUUAUGAUCUUUUCCGGUAUGGUCAAGUAUAAGUUGCCACCCAGAGUGUAUGAGACGCUGGCUCGUUCUGGCGCAGAUAUCGGGGCAUAUUAGGUAGCCGAUAAUCACGCUUGAUGGUUU